AUGGAUCCACCCCAAGCCCACACAUGUUCGCCGUGCGAUGCAUCGGUAUCGACCGAAGCAGAACGAGAGAAGCGCGUGGUGCAAGCCCCGGUCCCAGUCCCAGUCCCAGUCCCAGUACCGGUCCCGGUCCCGGUCCCGGACGCGAUCCCGGACACGAUCUGCAUGGGUAAGCGUGGGGGAAUGACGACCAGGCGGUUCCCGCUGUAUCUGCCGCCUUUGGAGCACAAGCGGGAGCAUCUGAACACCGUCGUCGUCAGGGACAAGUCGGCCAUCGGAGUGCGAAGGGAAAAGAGGGAGGGGGUCCCCGGAGCCGCACCCUCGCCCCGACCCAACUCGCCCACCCGCAUGGGUUCACCCCCGCCCGAGACGUGGAGAUCCCUCGCUCUCACCCCUUCCACGUCGAAGAGUCCUCCGGCGACGGAAUUCCGCCUGACCGUGGACCGCCCACCCUCGCCCCCGCCGUCCGAGUCCUACUCCAUCCGGCUGCUGACGGUGACCCGAGACGGUCCGCGUUCCUCGCCGAGCCAUCCCAGUGCCCUCACCCCGCCGCCAAGGCUCCUCACCGUCGUCAACGAACUCGGCGUGGAGACGGUGCGCGAACUUCCGAGCACCGGGGGCGGUGACGUCGCGGCUCCGCCCGAGUCUCGGGCGAGGAGUCGGAAGCCCGCAGUCGCGAAACCGAAGGAGGGGAAGCUUCGUCCCUUGCUUUUCCUUCGCAAGUCUUGA